AUGAAGCAAACUCCUAAGAUGAGUUAGGCUAUCAGUCCCAAUAAUAAACUCAUCAACACUUUGUUGUUAAAGUCCAAAAGUCCUUCUUAGUACACGAUCUAAAGUCCUGCUGUGUCUCCAACCCAAGUGAGUUUGCCUAAAGCCCUCUAUCCUCACAAAAACUCUUCAAUCGAUCUAAUGAAAUUGGCAACAUUGAUGAAACAACAGAAAGUCAAAUAAUCAUCUUCGGAGGGAUCCAAAGACUCGAUGACUCAACUGAUAGCCAAAGCUCGUGCCAUUGCCAUCUCAGCCAAAACUCCAUCAGGACCCAUUCAUAUCCGCAAUGACUCUGCACAAGUGCGCAAAGGAAACAAGGAUGCCGAAGUGGUGAGUCCAAAAGCCACCGAUUUAAAAUAAAUAAAUAAGGCAGCCUUCACUUUUGAAUAUGUAAUCGGUAUUGGAGGGUUUGGGAAGGUGUGGAAGGUCAAAAGAACAGGUCAACAGUUCGCAAUGAAAGAGAUGUCCAAAGCACUUGUUAUCACUAAGAAAAGCGUGAAUUCUGUUAUGAAUGAGCGAAUGCUACUUAGUUAACUUAAACAUACAUUCCUCAUAAACAUGUAUUACGCCUUCUAAGAUCGUGAGAACCUCUACCUAGUCAUGGAUUACAUGUGUGGCGGUGAUCUGCGCUUUCACAUUGGCAGAAUGCGUCGCUUCAAUGAAGAACAGACUAAGUUCUUUGUGGCAUCUAUCUUCAUUGGUCUCGAGUAUCUACAUACAAAUAACAUCAUUCAUAGAGACAUCAAACCAGAAAACUUAGUCCUCGAUGAAAAGGGAUUUGUCCAUAUCACUGAUCUAGGAAUCGCUCGUGUCAUGAAAUAAGAAAAUUCAAGCGACACCUCUGGAACUCCUGGCUAUAUGGCACCUGAAGUCAUGUGUCGACAAAAUCAUACAUUUGCUGUCGACUAUUAUGCACUUGGAGUCAUUGCCUAUGAAUUUAUGUUAGGAAGGCGUCCCUAUGUUGGCAGGUCUCGUCAAGAGAUCCGUGAUUAAAUUCUUGCUCGACAAGUCCAAAUCAAGGCUAGUGAAGUACCCCCAAACUGGAGCGCAGAAGCUGUCGAUUUUGUUAACCGACUGCUCCAACGCAAACCAGCAAGUCGUCUCGGUUUCAAUGGUGGCCACGAGAUCAAACUGCAUCCGUGGUUCAAAAACUUUCCUUGGUCAAAGCUCUAAAACAGGGAAUUGAAGGCUCCCUUUAUUCCCAAUCCCAGUGAUGACAAUUUUGAUUAAAGACAAAUUGUCAUCGAAGAUGAGGAAAACGCCGAUCUCAUUGCUCAAAACAUUUAGUUGUUACGAGAUCCCAAUGCUCAAUAAUAAUUUGCUGGGUAUGAGUAUCAAUCAAACAACGAGAAGAUCUUUGUCUUUGAUUAAUCAAAAUAAUCAUGA